AUGACGACCGCCGCUCCUCCUACAGACAAGUUUGAAGGGGUUAAUCUCAAUAUUACCUUGACGUGCCCCGACUGCAAACAAUACCCCCCCGACCUCAUCGAAAGAUUCGCCGAAGGGGAUAUCGUGUGUGGCCUGUGUGGGUUGGUUCUUUCUGACCGGGUGGUGGACACUCGGUCGGAAUGGAGAACGUUUUCUAACGACGACCAGAACGGGGUCGACCCCUCCCGUGUCGGUGACGCCGGGAACCCGCUUUUGGACAACGAAAACUUGCUGACGAUGAUCUCGUACUCCACUGAGGUCGGCCGUGCUGGCCGUGAGUUACUGCGGGCGCAACUGCGUUCAGUGGUCGACCGUCGUGACAAUCAAUUGUCGGCUGCGUUCGCCAAGAUUUCGCAAAUGUCCGAUGGGUUCCAGCUCCCCAAACUCGUUCAGGAUCUGGCGAAAGAAGUAUACAAAAUGGUUUACGAGGAACGUGCUCUUCGAGGUAAGUCUCAAGAGCUGAUCAUGGCCGCGGCUAUUUUCAUUGGUUGCCGUCAGUCACAGGUGGCUCGGCUGUUCAAGGAAAUUGGCGCUUUGACUAACGUCCCGCUCAAGGUCAUCGGGAAGGUAUCGAAAAUUAUGACCCUGAUUUUGAAGGAAAAGAGCUCCCUGAACCCCGACUCCUACCACAUGCAAGACAAUAUCCAAUCGACUCAAACGCUGGCCCUGGACUUGAUCCGUCGUUUCUGCUCUCACUUGGGGGUUUCGACCCAAUUAACCAACGGGGCCGAAUACAUGGCCAACAAGUGUAACGAAUUGGGCAUUCUUGCGGGGCGUUCGCCGACCACCAUCGCGGCGACGGUGAUCUACAUGGCGGGGUUUGUGUUCGGUGCUGACUUACCCACGUCUAAGAUCUCGGAAAAGACGGGGGUCAGUGAAGGGACGAUUAAAACGUCGUACAAGGUCAUUCUUGAGGAAAAGGAAAAGUUGAUGGAUCCGUACUGGAUCGAUCUGGGAAAAGUUAAAUUGGAAAAUUUACCAAAGUCAUAA